GUAUCCAUUAAGCUACACCUUGCAUUAGGAUUACAAUAAAUCUUUUCCAGGAUACAACUUGGAAUAUUUCAGUGGAAACGGUGACCUAGAAUGGCCUCUGUCGAGGAACAACUGCUGGCAGUUUUAGAGGAUCUAGGCUCAGCUGACCUGAAGAGAUUUCAGUGGCACCUGACCUUACCUGUCUUGGAACAAUGUCCGUCGAUCCCAAAAUGCAAACUGGAGAAAUCUUCCAGGAUUGAAACUGUGGAUCAGAUGGUAGCAACAUACAAGGCUGCAGGUGCUGUGGACAUCACACGUGCAGUCCUGACGAAGAUGAAUUUCAUCAGUCUUGUGGAGAAGUUAGAGACAGUCCCAUCAUCUUCAGGACCACCAGGCAACAGCCUUUCUGCAACAUCUUCACCCCAAGAGUUCCUAAAGAAGAACAAGGCGGCUCUGGAGACCAGGAUUAGCAACAUUCGUCCUAUACUGUGUGCUCUCGAGGAAGAUGAGGUUCUGAGUUUGGAGGAAAGAGAGAUGGUUGAAAGCAAGACCACAAAUACAGAGAAGAACGUAGCUCUUCUGAGCAUGGUUAUAAAGAAGGGGGCACAGGAGCAUUUUUACAAGGCCCUGAAGAAAUCUGACAAGUUCCUAGUGCAAAGCCUGGAGGGAUAGAUGACUUACUGAUAAACUCAUAAUCUAGUAAAAGUAAUUACUAGAUUAUGAGACAUGACCAAUGUUUAGGAAGCAAUCGUUGAAUUAAGAUAUUUUGCAUAUAUAUACGCUGAGUUCACAAUUAUUAGGCAUGUGAGUAUUCGUUAACACUUCAUUUUAAGGUGUCCUUAUUAAAGUGUACUUACACAUUUAAUUACACUGUAACAAGUAUUGUACCUGAGGGUAACAACCCAUUGUUACAGUGUAAUAAUAUAGUGUAACUGGUUGUUAUUAAGGUAUGUAAUUACACACAGGACACAGGGCACCACUUCGAGUCAGGCACCAGCAAGGUGGAGGAGAGGUACCUGCUGCCAGUUUCUGCAAGAUACUUUCUUCAAGCAGUGGUACAGGAAGAAGUCCUCAGCAUUCAAGAAGGCCAUGAUCUUCAUGCAGGACAAU